AAUUUGAAAAGAACAAUGGUAGGAAAAGCUAGAUCUUCCAAUUUUACCUUAUCUGAAAAGCUUGAUUUGUUAAAGCUUGUGAAGCCAUAUGUUAAAAUUCUGGAAGAACACACUAACAAACAUUCAGUAAUAGUGGAAAAGAAUAGAUGUUGGGAUAUCAUAGCAGUUAACUAUAAUGCAAGUGGAGUAGACCGCCCUCCUCGAACAGCGCAGGGCCUACGCACUCUUUACAAAAGGCUCAAAGAAUAUGCCAAACAGGAGCUAUUGCAGCAAAAAGAGACCCAAUCAGAUUUUAAAAGCAAUAUUUCUGAGCCAACCAAGAAAGUUAUGGAGAUGAUUCCCCAGAUUUCCAGUUUUUGCCUGAUAAGAGACAGGAACCACAUACAAAGUGCAAACUUGGAUGAGGAAGCACAGGCUGGUACAAGUUCACUACAGGUAAUGUUGGACCACCAUCCAGUUGCUAUUACAGUGGAGGUGAAGCAAGAAGAAGACAUUAAGCCCCCUCCUCCACUGGUUUUAAAUUCUCAACAGAGUGAUACUUUAGAGCAAAGAGAAGAACAUGAAUUAGUACAUGUUAUGGAAAGAUCUUUGUCACCGUCACUUUCCUCUGUUGAUAUGAGAAUGACAUCGUCUCCAUCUUCUAUCCCAAGGAGAGAUGAUUUUUUUCGGCAUGAAAGUGGAGAAAAUUUUAGGUCACAGUUAGGGUAUGAUCCUCAGAUUCUGCAAAUGCUGAAAGAGGAGCAUCAGAUAAUUUUAGAAAAUCAAAAGAAUUUUGGAUUAUAUGUUCAGGAGAAGAGGGAUGGAUUGAAAAGAAGGCAGCAGCUAGAGGAAGAGCUGCUAAGAGCAAAAAUUGAAGUGGAGAAGCUGAAAGCAAUUCGCUUACGGCAUGAUCUAUCUGAAUAUAAUAGUCUCUAAGAUUUUUUUUUGCAGUCUUGCAAUUUGAUAAUUUUAAUUUUGGCCAAAUUACUUUCACUUGGGAAUAUCCUGAAGCAGAGUACAUAUUCUUUUUUUUUUUUCUUGGCCACGCCGCACGGCAUGUAUGAUCUUAGUUCCCUGACCAGGGAUCGAACCCACGCCCCCUGCAGUGGAAGCACAGAGUCUUAACCACUGGACCACCAGGGAAGUCCCAGAGUAUAUAUUCUUAAAAAAUAUUGUUAAUCUCUAUUAUGAAAAAGGCUUUUUUGACAUGAUUUUCUAAUUAUUUAAUUUUCCUUUGAUAUAUAUUAA